UAUAUGCCACACACACACACGACAUGCCGCAACAAUCGGCAACGUCAUUCCCACGGAUAGGUUCGGCCGCACAUCGCCGCGAACCCGGCAAUCAGUAAACUGUUCAGAGGUCGUCGUCAACUAUUGAAAGGUCCUGCGAACCACUCCAAUCAACAUGACAUCCUUACUGAACAACAUCAACGAUGAGGUGUUCGGAACGUACAUCUUCUGGGCGGCGGUUUUGGUAGCGAAAAUGCUGCUCAUGUCCUUGCUGACCGGUCGGGCACGUUUCAAGAAGGGCGUGUUCGCCAACGAGGAAGAUUUGGCCGGCGCAAAGAAACCGAAUGCGAAGCCGAAGUUUGAUGAUCCGGACGUGGAGCGGGUGCGCCGGGCCCAUCGCAACGAUCUGGAGAACAUCCUGCCCUUCUUCACCGUCGGCCUGCUGUACAUGCUGACCAACCCGAGUCCGUUCAUCGCGAUCAACCUAUUCCGGGCGGUGGCCAUCAGCCGCAUCCUGCACACGAUCGUGUACGCCGUGGUGGUGAUUCCACAGCCGGCUCGCGGCCUCUCGUGGGGCGUCGCCUACGCGGCCACUUUCUACAUGGCCAUCCAAACGGCUCUGUAUUUCCUCUAAAGAUGGCUCUGUCCACUCGUGCCUGCGCCACGCUUGCAUUCCAGUUUUCGGUGUGCCUUUUAGAUGUGCAGAUAGACUCUAGAAAGAUUAAGCAUAAAGAAAAGGAAUAAACAUAAACUGUGCGCGAC